AUGCGUCGCACUUGUAUCUUCGGCGGCCGCAGCCAUCCAGAGCUGACCGACUUCAUCUGCGAGAAGCUCGGCAGAAAGCCCGACAAGGUCGAGCUUAGAAAGUUCGCCAACGGAGAGACCAGUGUCGAGAUCAAGACUUCGGUGCGCGACCAGGAUGUCUUUAUCGUCCAGAGUGGUUCCAACAAGACCAACGACGAUGUCAUGGAACUGCUCAUCAUGAUUGCUGCUUGCAAGGGAGGCUCGUCCAAGUCUGUCACUGCCAUCAUGCCCUACUUCCCCUACUCGCGCCAGUCCAAGAAGAAGAGUCAUCGUGGUGCUAUUACCGCCCGCAUGAUUGCCAACUUGAUGCAUGUUGCCGGUGUCAACCAUGUCAUUACCAUUGAUCUCCACGCCAGCCAGAUGCAGGGUUUCUUCAAGUGCCCCGUUGACAAUCUGGUCGCCGAGCCUCUGCUUGCUCGCUGGAUCCGCAGCACUGUUCAGAAUUGGAGAGAGGGUGUCGUCGUCAGCAAGAACCCUGGUGGUACCAAGCGUGUGACCUCGUUGGCCGAUGCUCUGAAGUUGAGCUUUGGCAUUGUCACCACCGACAGAAGACGCCCCAACAUGGGCCAGAGCAUGUACAACAGCCUCGAGACCACGAUCACCCUUGUUGGCAACGUUCGUAGACGUCCCGUCUUCAUCGUCGACGACAUCAUCGACAAGGCCGGCUCGUGGAUUGCCGCAGCGGAGACUGUCGUCAAGAGAGGUGGUGCCACAAAGGUCUACUGCAUGGCUACCCACGGUCUCUUCGGCGGUGACUGCCUCCGCGAGAUGGAUGAGUGCGAGGAGAUUGAUGCCAUCGUCGUUACCAAUGCCUUCCCCAUCCCUGAGGAGAAGCGCAAGGGUAUCCGCAAGUUGGUUAUUCUGGACGUGAGCACCUUGCUCGCCGAAUCCAUCCGCCGCAACCACCACGGUGAGAGCAUCAGUCAACUCUUCAUGCAUCACGAUUGA